AUGAAAAUAGACAAUGAGUUUAAUAUAAGCAUAUGUACUGGAAUUUCGAAUGUAAUGACAUUAGAGACUGAUAUUGAAAUUACAAAUUAUACUUUUCACUGUCAAACUGUUCAUAUAAAAAAUUAUGAGUAUAAUCGACCCAUUUGGUUUAAUAUCAUUAUCACUCCUUCUAACAAUAAUGAUACGCAACAAGGUUCAAAUUAUACUUUAAAUCCUUAUAAACUCAGUAUACCUAAAAAUUUAACUGAUACAACAGAAGACAUAUUUUAUAGCAAUACUUUAAAUUCAAACUAUUUUUUACUUAACCUAGGACAAGCUUCUUUAAUAACUUUUAAACCAAUGAUUAAAUUUGAUACUUAUGAAAACAAUGUAAAAUUUACAUAUACAGUUAAAUUAGAAUUAAUGCCACGAUUAGAACAAAUACCUAAGCGUUUAAAACCUAAUGAACUUCAAAUUGGAUUUAAUUUUCCUUCAACUAUUCUCAAAUUUGAAGAAUCAGCGUACAAAUCUACCGAUUUAAUAGCUGAUCUUGGAGGUUUCUAUAAUGCUAUCGCAGGCAAGUAUAUUAUUACCUGCCGAUCAAAAAAAAAAUUACCGCCUAUACGUUACAUAUGUCGGCCUUCCACUUGUUGA